AUGCUUCACGAUAAAUGUUUUAAUACCUGGCAUGGAGUUAACCUUUCAAUCGAAUCGUUUCCGAUCGAAGAAGGACUUCAACAGGGAACGAUCGACUCACCGAUUUUCUUUAAUUUGUUUCCAGCAAAAAUUCCCAAAAUGUUUGGAUUCAAUAACUCCAACUGGAAAUUUGCAAAGGCUUUUGCUGAUGAUCUCAUUGCAUAUUUAACAGAAUCUCAGGUUCCUCAGAGACGAAUUGAAUGA